GCUGCAAGCAGUGGAAAAGUUUCUCUUUUCGUUUUCUGCAGGCUUGGCCACUGAGAUGGAAGCUGCCCUCAGUAGCAGCCUUGGGGCAGAAUCUUCGCCCAGACAGGCUCACCUCCUGCUCAGUAACUUCCUGCAAGCCAUGAGACAAUAAGAGCACUUCGUGUACAUCUUUUUAGGUUUCAGAAUUUCAAGAGAACCGUGUUGGCUCUCCCACUGGACUCGAGUAUGGCCAUGAGAACCCGUUUGACCUGGGAGCAAGAAAAGUACCUGCGGAAUUACUUUGGAGAGAAGAAGUUUUGUCUUCUUUACAAGGCCAGUGUGCAGGAGUUUGCUGGGCAGAAUUUGCUCUAUAAAUGUCAGGAUCAAGGUCCUACCAUGGUAGUGGUUUAUAGUGAGAAGUAUGUUAUUGGUGUGUACCUGCAAGAGGGCUUUCAGGAAAAUAAAGUUUCCACCACUCUUUUUACAAUCCAAGAGACUGGAUUGUCACCAUGUGCACUAGGACCAUGUUUGCCACUUUCAUUGUUCCGUUAUGAAGAAACUUCUGAUUUCUUUAUACUGUUAGAUAAAAAAACUGUGACUAUAAGUUCAGAAAUCCGUAAAGUGCUCCGACUGCCUUCUCUCAGUGGGGACACAUUUAUUCAGGAGUGUGAAGCUUUUCGGUGUGACGAGUUAUUGGAUGAAAGAAAAACAAGAGGCAUUGUUGGGUUAUGCAGUAACUUACUAGAUGCCCUGAGAAACUACAAGCCGUAUGGAGACCUGGUUCACCAAACACGAAUUCUGCUGUUGGGUCCUAUUGGAGCUGGGAAGUCUAGCUUUGUCAACUCAGUAAAGUCUGUGUUCAAGGGCAGCAUCACUCACCAGGCCUCGGUGGGCUGUGAUAGAAAUGGAAUAUCUGACAAGUAUAGGACAUAUUCCAUCAUGUCUAAGAAUGACAGUGGCCCCCUGCCAUUUGUUCUGUGUGACUCACUGGGGCUGAGUGAGAAUGAAGGCUUGCACACAGAUGAUAUAUGCCACAUCUUAAAGGGCCACACUCCUGACAGAUACCAGUUCGAUUUCAGGAAACCAAUCACACCAAACCAUCCAAACUAUAUCCAUGACCCACUGCUGAAGGACAGAAUUCAUUGUGUGGUGUUUGUGUUUGAUAUCAAUUCUUUUAACCAGCUCUCUUGUGAGCUAGUGGCAAAGAUCAAGCAAAUUCGAAGAGACUUGAUAAAGCAUGGCAUUCUGCAUUUGGCUUUGCUUACACACGUGGAUAGCCUGACUUGGAUUACAAAAGGAGAUCUGCUAGACAUAUACAGCUGUAAUCCUGUGAAGGUCAAGCUGGGAGUAUUCCAUAGACUCUUUGGUUUUGCCUUAUCUGACAUCUUGGUGGUGAGUAAUUAUGAUUCAGAGUGGCAGCUGGACCCAGUGAAGAACAUGCUGAUCCUCUCAGCACUGAAAGAGAUCCUGUAUACUGCAAAUGGAUUCUUAGAGGAUUUGCCUUUGAACAAAUAAGUAGACUGAUAAUCUUGGAGCUUGAAGGUAUCAUCAACUUGGCUAUUUUUUGCCUGGGUCUAUUGAAUACUUGCUAAGUCUGUUUCUCUAGGAUGUUGGCAUGAGUAGCACUGACCUUUAAUGUUGAAUGUAUUUUUCUCUGUACAUUUCCUUCCUGACUUCUUCUUCAAAUCUGUCUUGGAGGACCUGUAUAACGUCACUCUUGCUUCAAAAAGAAAAUUAUGAAAUGAACUAUAUCUUCUCUCCUUUUCUUUUAAACUGGGAGGCUUUGCUUGAGACCUAGAACUGGAUUGGAUCAACAUUGUCUCUCAUCAGAUAUGAUCUUAUAGGAUCUGUCCCUUCCUUAGGACCAAAUACAUCUGAUGUAAUACAAACAUACAUACAUGCAUUAAAAUAUAUGAUGUAUAUAAUAGAUUAUGCAUACAAUAUACAUUUACAUUAUAAAUUAAUAUGCGUAAAUUUAUAUAAUUAUCCAAAUAUCUAGGAACCAAAAAUGAGAAAAAUAUUUUUCUGAGAUGGGCCUAAUUUGCUUAAUGGAUUAUUUUUAGUUGCAUACAUAUAUUUACUUGGGAAAAACCUAACUUUUAACUUUGUAGCUGAAGAAAAGUUCCAUUGUGAAGAUAGCACAUAUCCUGGAUUCAUUCUUUCAUCAUUGUACACCGAGUUAGUGUCUGUCCUUAGCUAUUGUAAAUAAUGCUGUAUACACAAGUGUGAAAGUAUUUUGUGAUACUUUUAGCUUCACUUUUUGUCCCCCCCCCACCUCAUUUAUUUCUGCUUCAUUUAGUGUGAUUCCUCCUAGGUAAAUAUUUAUCAUUUCCGAAUAUAAACUCAAUUUGGCCUUAAAUACGUUCUAUUAUCAAACUGCAUAUGCUGCCCUGUUACCAUUAGAGAUUAAAUAUUUUGAUUUACUUUAUUCAAAUCUUAUUUCAUCGCAUUAGAGCACUGCAUUCUUUUCAUUUGCUGCUGUUUCUGAAAGGACUGGGAAAGUCUCAUCCUGCUAGCUUGUAGUCUGACUCUAUGUUCUGGGUUUUGUUAGUUCUCUUUCUUAUAGUAUGAAGGGUUCUAGUCAGGAUGAGCUUAGUUCUCUAGCAACCUUCUGCUUGCUUCUCACUAAAAACCCACUAAGAACAUUUUGUUUAUUUUAUUCUAGGUAUCAGAAGAAAAAAGUUACCAUGUUGCAAAAACAUAAAAAGGAGAGACUUUAUCAUGCCUUAAUAAUGAAGUCAUCAACAAAGUAGUGAGAACAGAGGGAAUGAAGGUGGUGCAGAAACUGGAGUGCACUGCAACUGUGCCAGGGAAGCACAAGAUUACAGUGCCCUUCAUGAAAAGAGAAAUAAGAUAAAAAUGAUCCAUUAUAAAACCCAAUCACAACUCUGUUGGAUUUAUAUUCUGUAUCUAUGAAAAUAAAAGUUAAUUGUCUAAAACUCC